AUGUCUAAACUCAAAGGAAAACCUGAGAAAGAACCCACUAGCGCUAGCUUAACUUUGAAAGACAUCACAACGCUACUCGAGGAGCAUAGAGAAGCCAUUUCGUCAGAUUUUAAGUCAUCUUUCCAGAUCCUCGCUUCAAAACUGGACGGCGUAGAGGCUGCAGUUAAGGAUCAAGGCACACGUAUCACUUCACUGGAGGACAACGCGAACUCGGUUGAUAGCCGCCUCACACACAUUGAAAACAACUGGUGCGCGUUACAAAAAGAAAAUGAUUCCCUCAGAGAGAGAGUGGCGGUCCUCGAGAGUCACAGCAGACGUCAAAACAUUCGCGUGGUGGGCUUACCUGAAAAUUUGGAGGACACACGCCCAACCGUUUUCUUCUCCCAGCUCCUGGUUGAUGUAUUUGGGCAGAACACUCUCUCCACGUCCCCGGAGAUUGACCGAGCCCAUCGGACCCUAGCUCCAAAGCCCGCUCCAGGAGCCAGACCCCGUCCUGUGAUCAUCCGCCUCCACCGCUUCCAAGUGAAAGACCUGAUCAUCCGUGAGGCCCGUAGAAGAGGACCCUUGCUCUACAAAGACCAUCCGAUUCGCAUCUACGAGGACUACAGCCCGGACGUGUUGAAGCUGCGCAGCGAGUACCGCACUGCCAUGGCCGAGCUGUAUAAGCGAGGAUACCGCCCGGCGCUGCUCUUUCCAGCCAAGCUGCGCAUCAUGAUGCCAAACGGGGAGAGGAAGUGGCUCACAUCAGCUCCAGCAGCGGAAAAGUUUGUUCAGGACUUGGACAAUGACUCCUAA